AUGACCAGAACAGUACUAGAGUUUCCAUUUUCUGGACGAUUCAUCGUCAACAAAAUCAACUAUGACAGUAUUUAUAACGAGAUACAACUUCAGGAUCCAGAUAACUGUCUCGCUAGGCGUUUUCUAAACCAGUUCAAUCCCUCUGGUACACCUUUCAAUGUUAUCAGGUUUAAGAGUUAUUCAUUCUUUAAUUGCUCUUCAAAUGUUUCCGAAUCCAUAUUGUCCUAUUCCACGAGCAUUAGCUGCCUUAGUAGCUCCACACACAAAGUAUUUGCCACACCUCAAGCAAGUAGAGAUAGUUCAUGGCUUUCAUUAAAGUGUUCCCUAAUUGAUACCAUAAAAGUUCCAAUAAACCGCCGUGCUUAUUCGGAUAUUUACACUGAUCGGUUUCCAUAUGAAAUUGUUCUUCAUCUUACAUGGGAAUGGAAUGAGAACCCCGGCGUUUCUAAUACUGCUGAUAAUUUUGAUACUAGAAAAUUCCUUAUCAGCAUAGGCAUCGCAUUUACAAUUCUAUUUGGCUCUGUUAUGUACUGUAUCUCCCGUGCAAACAGCCCCACACAAGAUGUAUCAUCAAGAGUUGUACAAACUACACCACUAUCAAUUAUAAACACCACCGGUCUCAGUGGCUCUGCAAUACAAUCAUUUCCCAUGGUAGUUCUUGGAGAGAGCGGACGUCUACCAAAUCCAGAAAUUAAUACUUGUGCAAUAUGUCUGUCAGAAUAUAAACCUAAAGAGACACUGAAGAUUUUCCCUUCGUGUAAUCAUUGUUUUCAUGCUGAUUGCAUUGAUGUCUGGCUACAUUUGAAGUCAUCAUGUCCUGUCUGCAGGAAAUUUCUCGUUGCUUAA